AUGAACGGUAGCGAAGACCCUAACGAAGGAGAGACGAAGACCGAGUCAGAACUCAGCUCGGACUGGGCCGAGCUAACUUACGAGUGCUUAAUCAACAUCCUGUCUCGCCUCAACUUUGAGCACCGAUGGCGCGGUCCCAUGCUCGUUUGCAAAUCCUGGCUGCUCGCCUGCAAGGAUCCAUCUCUCAACACAGUAUUCGAUCUCGAUAGUGAAUUCGACUCGGUCACUGAAUCGCCUCGCUGGUGGAUCCCAGUAUUCGAGAGAAAAAUCGAUUCGAUGCUCCGUUCAGUCAUCACUUAUAGCGACGGCUCCCUCACUGAAAUCCGCACCCGUCACUGCUCCGAUCGCUCCCUCACCUUCGCCGCCGAAAGGUGCCCAAAUCUUCAAGUGCUUUCAACAAAGUGCUGCCCAAAUGUGACUGAUGCAUCAAUGGCUCAAAUUGCUUUUAAGUGCACGAAGCUUAAAGAGCUUGACAUAAGUUAUUGCCAUGAAAUAUCACAUGAAUCAAUGGUUAUGAUCGGCAGAAACUGCCCGAGUCUUAGGGUUUUAAAGCGGAACCUAAUGAAUUGGUUAGAUGCAUCCCAGCAUGCUGGGAUUGUACCCAACGAUUAUUUAGAUACUUGUCCUCAAGAUGGAGACAUGGAAGCGCGUGCGAUUGGGAAAUACAUGCCAAAUUUGGUGCAUCUUGAGUUGAAAUUUUCGAAAAUGUCCGCGAAGGGAUUGUUGUCCAUUUGUGAAGGGUGUUUGAAUCUUGAAUAUUUGGAUUUGUCUGGGUGUGUGAAUUUUACGAGUCGGGAUAUUGUUGAUUCAACUUCGGGGUUGAAGAAUUUGAAGGACUUUAAGAAGCCGAACUUUUAUAUUCCGAGGUCGGUUUUCCACACCGAUAGGUAUGGACAUUGGAGGUUGUAUGAUGACCGGUUUCAAACGGAUAUUUUCCGCAUUUGA